AUGCUCCAACGUAGAACCGCAGGCACUUUUACCGACCCACUUCGCGAUGGAAAAGGUUUACCUGGAUAUUCUUCCAUUGAUGACAAUGUAGCACCGUGCGAACUUCAAUCAAUUGAAGAUAUUAUUGAGAACGUGAAUAACACACAAAACGAGGCCCUAAAUGAUAGUGAUGAAGACGAUGAUGAGUCAAGUCCAGUUUUGUCAAACGCUCAGGCAUUAUCAGCUGAUAAUGAUUUAAGACGAUCGAUUGACUGUCCUGUAGUCGGUGAAAGUUUAGUUGAAUAUUAG